CUUGUUGCUCAAGAAGUGCGUCUUCGAAAGCUCAAAAGGAGCAGACUGGUGAAGGAGUCUUGUUCUUCGAUUCGCAAAUCAACGAACUGGGUUUUACUCUUUUGUGCCGACGUCAGGGCUUUUCAGAUCGAGAUCUAAGAAGAAGAUGUUCCUCACCAGGACUGAGUACGACAGAGGUGUCAACACCUUUUCCCCUGAAGGUCGGCUGUUCCAAGUCGAGUAUGCCAUUGAAGCCAUCAAGCUUGGUUCUACUGCUAUUGGAGUAAAGACGAAGGAGGGAGUAGUGCUCGCUGUCGAGAAGCGUAUCACCUCGCCUCUGCUGGAGCCGAGCAGUGUAGAGAAAAUUAUGGAAAUCGACCAGCACAUAGGAUGCGCCAUGAGCGGUCUGAUUGCUGAUGCUCGUACACUGGUGGAGCAUGCACGAGUUGAAACUCAAAACCACAGGUUCUCCUAUGGUGAGCCAAUGACUGUAGAGUCCACAACACAAGCUCUGUGUGAUCUUGCUUUAAGAUUCGGUGAAGGAGAUGAAGAGUCGAUGUCUCGGCCAUUUGGAGUAUCUCUUCUCAUAGCUGGUCAUGAUGAAAAUGGACCGAGCCUAUACUACACCGAUCCUUCGGGAACGUUCUGGCAAUGCAAUGCAAAGGCGAUUGGUUCGGGCUCGGAAGGCGCUGACAGUUCCUUGCAAGAACAAUACAACAAGGAUUUGACUCUCCAAGAGGCAGAAACGAUCGCAAUGUCUAUCCUCAAGCAAGUUAUGGAAGAAAAGGUGACUCCAAGCAAUGUGGACAUUGCCAAGGUUGCACCCGAGUAUCAUCUUUACACUCCUCAAGAGGUGGAAGCAGUUAUCAGUCGUUUAUGAUGCCGACGGGGGAACAUGCUUCUCUGCCUCCAGGAAUCUUGGUUUGUCGGGUUAUUUCUCGGGUUGUCUGAUUCCGAUUUCUGAACCAGGAGACUGUCUUUUUUUUUAAUCUAUGGCACAAAACUUUUCACUCUUGUCUGUCAGAUGAGAUGAUGUAUGCCAAACAUUCAGCCGAGAGAUAUGUAAGAACCUUUCCUUUAUCUGAAA